AUGGGAGACAGCAAUCCACCACAACGAUCCAAAGACCUUGGGUCACCUUCGAUCCAGUGUCCGAUGUUAACAUCGACAAACUACACAGUUUGGUCGAUGCGUAUGAAGAUCACGCUACGGGUCAGCGAAGUAUGGGACACAAUAGAGCCAGGCUCCGCCGACGUGAAGAUGAACGAUGUGGCGAUUGCUCUGUUGUUCCAGUCGAUUCCAGAGACGUUGAUUUUGCAGAUUGGAGAGCAAAAUUCAGCGAAGAACCUAUGGGAAGCUAUCAAGUCUCGUCACCAGGGAGCAGACCGGUCGGUAGAUGAGUAUGUAGGGAAGAGGUCAGGACUUGCUGCUCAAUCAGCCUCCCUAGGAGAAGCAAUCGAUGACACAAAACUUGUGAAGAAGUUUUUAUCGGAAGAGGAAGUUUUGGUAGAGGCAGAGGCGAGGCCGAGAUGCCCCGAUAAGCCUCUGCAACACCAUGAAACAAACCUAAACGAGACUCAAGAAGCUGAAGCCCUCUACGUUCAUGAAGUGGUGUUCUUGAACGAAGAUAAAGUGUUUCCUGAUAACUACGAUACUAACACCGCAAGUGUUUGGUAUCUCGACAACGGCGCAAGCAACCAUAUGACGGGAAACAAAGAGUUUUUCUCAAGUUUAGAUGAAAACAUCAAGGGGCGAGUAAAGUUUGGUGAUGGGUCGUAUGUAAACAUUAUCGGGAAAUGUUCAAUUGUCUUUGUGACCAAGUCGGGUGAAAGAAGAGCUCUCAAAGAAAUAUAUUACAUACCGGAUUUAAAACACAACAUCAUCAGCCUUGGACAAGCAACAGAGAAUGGUUGUGAAGUAAAGAUGAAGGGAAACAAGUUGACCUUAAGUGAUUCGCACGAACAACUACUAGUUCAAGUUGUAAGGUCGCCAAACCGCCUCUACAAAACGCCGCUGGAGAUCAGCUUUCAGAAGUGUCUCUCAAUUCAAGAAGAAGAAGCUACAUGGACUUGGCAUGCGAGGCUAGGUCACAUCAGUGUUGGUGUCAUGAACAAUAUGGUGAGAAAAGAUAUGGUCGUGGGAAUGCCACAAGUAUUACGUGAGAUGAACGAGAAGAGUGAAGCGUUUGAUCGGUUCAAAAGGUUUAAAGAAUUUGUGGAGAAACAAACCGGCAAGGACAUUAAAACCUUUCGCACCGAUAGAGGAGGAGAGUUCACUUCUACUGAAUUCAAUCGAUUUUGCGAAGAGAAUGGAGUUUCUAGGCACUUAACCGCACCAUAUACGCCACAACAAAAUGGUGUGAUUGAGAGAAGAAAUCGCACAUUAAUGGAGAUGACCAGAAGCUUACUUAAAGCAAUGAAGGUUCCGAAUGAUAUGUGGGGAGAAGCCGUACGUGAUUCAACGUAUCUUAUCAACCGAGUUCCAACAAAGGCAUUACAAGGUCAAACACCGUAUGAGAGCUUAUGGUCCAAGAAACCCAAUAUCGAGCACUUAAGGGUUUUUGGAUGUGUAGCUCACGUCAAGAUCACCGGACCACAUUUAAAGAAGCUAGAUGAUCGGUCAAGAAGUGUGAUCAAUCUCGGAACAUAA